CUAUCUCUCUUGGGAACAAUCCUCGUUAAAUCAACCACAAAGGAAGGGAAAGAAAAAAAUAAAAUAAAAUAAAAAGAAAAAAGAAAACGAGAGGAAGGUUAAACGGAAUAGAAAUUCACACUCUUCAUCGUCUUCUUCCUCCUGAAUCUGUUGUUAACGUUGCCACCUGGCGCAUCUUUGCCGCCGCCGCCGCCGCCGCCGCCGUCUCGACGACCAUUUGAAAUUCCUUGUUUUUUUUCUUCCAAACCCGGCAACCCGAGCAGAUUUUCGCUUUGCCGCCAAUUCAGUUCCCGCGACUCACAAUUGGCGCCGACGAUAGGAAUAGGAUAACUCUUAGCAUGCGCGUUAUUUCCAUCUUGAUAAGUUGAACUUCAUUCUCUGUCGUGCUUGCUUUCUGAAGGAUACAAAGCUUCUUUUUCACCAGCACUAAGUUGAGGUGUUUUAUUCCAUGUAGAAGAAUGGCCCUUUUUAGGAAUCAUUCAAAUGAACCAGUUUCUCGUGGUGUCUUGGAAGAUAAAGGCCAUGGACUAGUUGACGAUAGAACUCACACCUCUGCAGGAAAUGCCGAGGAAGACAUGAGUUCAGAAAAAGAAUUUAAUAUGAACAUAGACGAACCCUAUCACAAUGGAGGUCAAGUAGAUGAUUCCAGUAGGUUGCAAAAUGAGACUGCUGCAGAUGAUUGUAUUACUAUGAGAGUGUCAAACUUACAAAAUUCUGGAAGAGCGGUAGGGGGUAGAAGGUGGGGUUCAACAUUUUGGAAGGACUGCCAACCUAUGAUUCCUGGAGGUUCUGAUUCUGCACAGGAGUCUAAGAGUGAGUCUGACAAUAGAAUUGGAGAAGGAUCAGAUUAUCAUAUAUCCAAUGAAAAGGAUGGAGGUUCAGAAUUUGAUGAUGAUGGCCAACCAAAAGAGGUUAAAGGUCAAAGAAGGUAUACUGAUGUCCCCGCUGAAAAUGGAAUGCUAUCAGAUGAAUAUUACGAUCAGGAUGAUGGAGAUGAGCAGAGUGAUUCCAUGCCAUACCGAGGGUUUCAUAACUCAGUGAAGUCGAAUAGGUCACAGUCGCAGUCUGUUAAUGCCAGCAGCAAUCACAUGCGAAGAAAUUCCAGAGUUGUGAAUGAUGAAGAUGAUGAUUAUGGAGAUGACGAAAAUCAUAAUGAUGACGCUGAUUAUGAAGAGGACGAGGAAGAAGAAGAUGACCCUGAUGAUGUGGACUUCAAACCUGAUUAUGGCAUCGGAAGUGGCCGUUCAGUGAAAAAGGAUAAAGACUGGGAUGGUGAAGAUUAUGAGGAAGAUGAUGAUUUGGAAAUUUCUGAUGAUGACAGACCUAAUUAUGGAAAGAAAGGCAGGGGAAAGCAAUGGGGUCAAGGAGGACGCAAUGUAAGAUCUACUAGUGAACGUAAAUUGUACCAACCAUCUAUUCGACAAAGAAAAGGAAAAUCCUCAUAUGAAGAGGAUGAAUCCUCAAUGGAGGAUUCAGCCAGUGAUAGUGUUGAGGGUUUUAAAAGUUUAGGGAAAACUGGCACUCACCCUCGCAAGGAUAGUGGUCGUUAUUCUGUAACAACAGGUGCCUCUGGACGAAGAAGUGAGGUCAGAACUUCUAGUAGGUCAGUUCGAAAAGUUUCAUAUGUUGAAAGUGAAGAAAGUGAAGAAUUUGACGAGGGCAAAAAGAAAAAGUCCCAAAAGGAGGAAGUUGAAGAGGAAGAUGGUGAUGCAAUUGAAAAAGUUCUCUGGCACCAGCCGAAGGGCAUUGCUGAGGUUGCUAUAAGAAAUAACAGAUCAAUAAAUCCUGUUCUGUCUAGUCAUUCAUUUGAUUCUGAACCGGAUUGGAAUGAGGUGGAAUUUUUUAUAAAAUGGAAAGGCCAGUCGCAUUUACACUGUCAAUGGAAACCAUUCUCUGAACUACAAUAUCUUAGUGGUUUUAAGAAGGUUUUAAACUACACUAAAAAGGUCAUGGAGGAAAUAAGGUACAGGAAGAGUGUCUCCCGUGAGGAGAUCGAGGUCUAUGAUGUCAGUAAGGAAAUGGAUUUGGAUCUCAUCAAGCAAAAUAGUCAGGUGGAGAGAAUUAUUGCUGACCGUAUUAGCAAAGAUGGUUCAGGUGAUGUAGAACCAGAGUAUUUGGUGAAGUGGCAAGGACUGUCUUAUGCCGAAGCAACUUGGGAAAAGGAUGUAGAUAUUUCAUUUGCGCAAGAAGCUAUUGACGAGUACAAGGCUCGUGAAGCUGCAAUAUCUGUGCAAGGGAAAUCAGUCGAUCUUCAGCGUAAAAAGACCAAAGUGAGUUUAAGGAAACUUGAUGAACAGCCUGAAUGGUUGAAGGGAGGCAAGCUUCGAGAUUAUCAGCUUGAGGGUUUGAAUUUUCUCGUUAAUAGUUGGAGAAAUGAUACCAAUGUAAUUUUAGCUGAUGAAAUGGGUCUUGGGAAAACUGUUCAGUCUGUUUCCAUGCUUGGCUUUCUACAGCAUGCUCAGCAAAUUUACGGUCCAUUUCUUGUUGUUGUACCACUGUCCACCUUGUCAAACUGGGCCAAAGAAUUUAGGAAGUGGCUGCCUGAUAUGAAUGUUAUUGUCUAUGUUGGUACCCGUGCAAGCAGAGAGGUUUGUCAGCAGCAUGAAUUUGAAAAUAAAAGAACCGGGAGACCCAUAAAGUUUAAUGCGUUGUUGACUACGUAUGAAGUAGUUCUGAAGGACCGUGCUGUUCUUUCAAAGAUUAAGUGGAAUUAUUUGAUGGUUGAUGAAGCUCAUAGAUUAAAGAAUAGUGAGGCACAGUUGUAUACGACCCUUUCGGAAUUUAGCACAAAAAAUAAAUUGCUCAUUACUGGUACUCCGUUACAGAACAGUGUGGAAGAGCUAUGGGCUCUGCUUCACUUUCUUGAUCCUGAUAAGUUCAAGAGUAAGGAUGAUUUUAUUUAUAAUUACAAGAACCUUAGUUCGUUCGAUGAGAAUGAGCUUGCUAAUCUUCACACGGAACUGAAGCCUCACAUUCUUCGUCGUGUUAUAAAGGACGUUGAGAAAUCUUUGCCUCCUAAGAUUGAGCGUAUUCUUAGGGUAGAGAUGUCUCUGCUUCAGAAACAAUAUUACAAGUGGAUUUUAGAGCGCAACUUUCAUGACUUAAACAAAGGAGUUCGUGGGAAUCAGGUUUCUCUUUUGAAUAUUGUGGUGGAGUUGAAGAAAUGCUGCAAUCACCCCUUUCUGUUCGAAAGUGCAGAUCAUGGUUAUGGUGGGAACUCUGACUCAAAUGAUAGCAGCAAGCUGGAUAGAAUAAUCUGGAGCAGCGGGAAGCUAGUUAUACUUGAUAAGUUAUUAAUGAGAUUGCAUGAAACAAAGCAUCGGGUUCUGAUUUUUUCACAGAUGGUAAGAAUGCUCGAUAUUCUGGCUGACUACUUGUCAUAUAGAGGAUUCCAAUUUCAGAGACUUGAUGGAAGUACAAAGGCCGAGUUUCGGCAGCAGGCAAUGGAUCAUUUCAAUGCACCUGGUAGUGAUGAUUUUUGCUUCCUUCUUUCGACUCGAGCGGGUGGCUUAGGUAUAAACCUUGCAACAGCAGAUACAGUUAUCAUUUUUGAUUCGGACUGGAACCCACAAAAUGACUUACAGGCGAUGAGUAGAGCCCACAGAAUUGGACAACAGGAAGUAGUUAAUAUAUACAGAUUUGUUACAAGCAGAAGUGUUGAGGAAGAUAUCUUGGAGCGAGCAAAGAAGAAAAUGGUUCUUGAUCAUCUGGUGAUCCAAAAAUUAAAUGCGGAGGGUAGAUUGGAGAAGAAAGAAGCCAAAAAAGGCAUUGGUUUUGAUAAAAAUGAGCUAUCAGCGAUCUUAAGAUUUGGAGCCGAGGAACUUUUCAAGGAGGACAAGAAUGAUGAAGAUAGUAAGAAACGGCUUCAAAGUAUGGAUAUUGAUGAGAUUCUUGAAAGAGCAGAGAAGGUUGAAGAGAAGGAAGCUGGAGGAGAGGAAGGGCAUGAAUUGCUGGGUGCUUUCAAGGUUGCUAACUUUUGUAGUGCUGAAGAUGAUGGAAGUUUCUGGAGUCGUUGGAUAAAACCAGAAGCAGUGUCUCAGGCUGAAGAAGCUCUAGUUCCUCGUGCUGCCAGGAAUACAAAGAGCUAUGCGGAGGCUAGUCAGCAUGAGAAUAGUGGUAAAAGGAAGAAAGGGUCUGGGCCUGUGGAGAGGGUUCAGAAACGCCGUAAAGGUGAUAUUUCUGCUCCCUCAGCACCAAUGAUUGUGGGUGCAUCUGCUCAAGUGAGAAGGUGGUCUUGUGGAAAUUUGUCUAAAAGAGAUGCACUACGUUUUUCUCGUGUGGUUAUGAAAUUUGGGAAUGAGAGUCAAAUUAGCUUGAUAGCUGGUGAGGUUGGUGGUCCAGUUAGCGCAGCUAAGCCUGAAGAGCAAAUUGAACUAUUGAGGGCUUUAAUUGAUGGAUGUCGAGAUGCUGUUGAAUCAGGAUCAACAGAUCCAAAGGGACCUAUGUUAGAUUUCUUUGGUGUUCUAGUGAAAGCUAAUGAGCUUCUCAACCGAGUUGAAGAACUUCAGCUUCUAGCAAAACGAAUUAGCCGCUAUGAAGAUCCUAUCAAACAAUUUCGUGCCUUGAUGCACCUGAAACCUUCAAAUUGGUCAAAAGGUUGUGGCUGGAAUCAAAUUGAUGAUGCGAGAUUACUUUUGGGAAUACACUACCAUGGUUUUGGUAAUUGGGAAAAGAUCAGGUUGGAUGAAAAACUCGGUCUCAUGAAAAAGAUUGCUCCAGUGGAACUUCAACAUCAUGAGACAUUUCUGCCACGUGCUCCAAAUUUGAGAGAUCGUGGUAAUGCUCUUCUUGAGAUGGAACUUGCUGCACUCGGUAAAAAUCUGAAUUCUAAAGCUGGUCGCAAGACUGCAAAGAAGGAUAGGGAAAACAUUCCAAAAGUUUCGACAUCACGUGGGUUGGAUAGAAAGGGGAAACAAGAUGCUCCCAAGGUUAAUGCUAAAUUGAGGGACAGAAAUUCUAAACCACAGAGAGUUGAGAACCUCGUGAAGGAGGAGGGUGAAAUGUCUGACAACGAAGAAGUAUAUGAGCAUUUCAAGGAAGUUAAAUGGAUGGAAUGGUGUGAAGAUGUCAUGGCGGAUGAAAUUAAAACUCUGGAACGGCUUCAAAGGUUACAGACAACUAGUGCCAAACUCCCAAAGGAAAAGGUCCUUUCGAAAAUUCGCAAUUACUUGCAGCUUCUUGGACGAAGGAUAGAUCAAGUUGUUCUAGAUCAUGAGGAGGAACCAUAUAAACAAGAUAGGAUGACAACGCGAUUAUGGAAUUACGUCUCCACCUUUUCAAAUUUAUCUGGGGAGCGACUUCAUCAGAUUUAUUCAAAACUCAAGCAGGAAAGAGAAGUGGGAGUGGGUCCAUCCUACAUCAACGGUACUGGAUCUUCUCUUAUGGGCAGGGAUGGGGACUCCUCUCAUUUUGGAGCCUUGCCUCGUCAUUUUCCAAGGCUACGGGGGAACAAAAAUAAUACUUCCUUACAAAUAUCAGAACCAGUUCAGAAGGGGGUUGAAACCGAGAAAUACGAAGCAUGGAAACGACGAAGAAGUGGGGAUGGUGAUAAUCAAUACCAAGUUCCUUGUCCACCUGAUAGACCCGUGAGCAAUGGCGGUCGGAUAAUGGAUCCAAAUUCAUUGGGGAUUCUUGGGGCAGCACCAACUGAGAACAGGAGGUUUGCUAACGAGCGGCCAUACAGGAUCCGUCAAACUAGUUUUCCUGUGAGACAAGAUUGAGAUGGGGAGGCCAAGUAAGCCUCUUUUGCAGUGUGUUUGGUAGGGAGGCUGAUCUGAGAGAAGGAUUUCAGCUUUGACUUGGUCCCCUUCACCACCGCAACGGUAUAUAGUUCUCUGGUUCUUUUUCCACCGUGGGAAUAAAUAGCUGCAGACCUCUAUUAGUGUUAUGUGGCUGACCCUAGAACGUUAAUCUGCCAAAAAAAAAAAAAAACAUAAAAAUGGGAUUUUUGAUGCUGACCCCAUUGAUUGCCGAGUAAAGUUGAAAAGGUUCUACAUUAUAUCAAGGCUAGAUGCAUCUUUGCGAGUUGAGUUCGAGUAAUUUCUUCGUAUAUAGCAAAAAUUCAGAAGAAAGAGAUCUACUUCUAGCUCGUUUGGCGCACAAGUUCACGAGGGUAGUUCCUAUACAUACUAUGUUCACCCAGAAUUGUACAUUAUCAGUUAUUUCGGAAAAUUUAUCAAAUUUUUUUUUUCAUUUUGGCUACAGUAGUGCAAUUUGUUUCCUCAUUUGUCCAUAAGAAAUGUAGUUCAAUGAGACUCUUCAAAUGUCCCCCCAAAGUAACCAUUGGAUUCCCUCCCUUUAAAUCUCUUGUUUAGAAACAUUGACAUGUUCAACAAAUAUUGCCAUUUGGUAAAUGGAAAAGCAUGCAAAUGAGAUGCCUUUUGUUUUGUCCC